CUGGAGUGGCUGGCUAUCGCCUCGGAAUCCACGACCCUUAUGAGGAGCGGAGAAGGCGGAACGCAGUGUUGGUAGUGCACCAAGCGUGCAGGCGGAGCAUAUCCGGGGAGCGUGACAGGGGGAGCGCAGCAGGCGGGACGCAGCAGGCGGAACGCAGUAGGCGGGACGCAGCGGGGAGAACGCAGCAGGGGAGCCCAGCAGUCGGAGCGCAGCAGGCGGAACGCAGCAGGCGGAGCGCAGCAGGCGGAGCGCAGCAGGCGGAGCGUAGCACGCCGAGCGUAGCAGGGGAGUGCAGCAGGAGAAGUGAUUACAGCAGCAGAAGCUGACAUAUACACCUAGUAACUUCUAGGUCAUCCUUAAUCAUUAGGCACGAUGAUGUUCUCAUGCCGCUAGGGCACUGAAAACACUCCAUAUUCUGGUGCCAGGGGUACGAUUUCUCUGGCGAAGGGCUAAUCUGCGGUGAUUGGAGGACGUGGAUUUUGGAUUUUGCCGAUUCUUCUGACUGGCCAUGGUUGGACGUAUCGUCGAGAUUCCUCUGAUUCCAUCUGGCCUAUCACGUGAUGACACGUAUCGCCAUAUCCACCACUCGCUCCUUCUCCUGCAGCAAGUGUCAGAAGCCGUGCUGCAAAGAGUGCAACAAAGGGUUGACGCCGAGGCGAAGCUGGUGCAUGACAUCAGCAAAAGGGUAGCAUCCGCAAGUAAGCAAGUGGAUUCUCUCCUCACCAGCAGAGCACACCUCCACAUACAGUCCCCUGCCUCUCUGCCAUCCGCAGCCACAAGGCUCACCAAUCACCUCAUCCACAGCCCAAGCCACACCUCGGGCUCGUCGUACGACCUCCUCUUCCCGGCCACAGUGCCACUGCCCUUAGAAGCAGAACCUUCCAGACCCAGUGCCACCAGACCCAGUGCCACCACUGCUAGCAUCACCAGCACUGUCACUCACACUCCAGCUCAACGAUCCGCAGACGGUUCUCAGAACCUUCCUGGACAACUGCUUCCCCGCCCACCUGUGCUCCCGCCUUCCCUCGCCUCAGCAGAUCCAUCACUAGGCACUUCCUCCUCUGCUGAGGAGACCAGUGGUGACUAUAUCGAAGGGGGAGGGAUCGCCUCUCUCUCAGACAGGAGUGUGGCUGAUCCGAGGGGGUUUCUGGCCGCCCCUCAGCUGGCAGCCUUCUUUGCAGCCUCCGGUGCUGCUGCUGCAGGAGUUGCAGCUAUUCCUCCCGGUGCUACUGUGCCCGAGCCCGCGUCUGUGGCUCUGCUUGGUGGCGCAGUGCUGUCGUCCGCUAGAGCUGGGGCAGGAGGAGCAGAAGGCGUUGCUGGAGAGGGAGCAGCAGAAAGUGCGCUUCUGAGUCCCCCAGGGGGCUUGCUGCUGCUCAGUGACUUGCGGAGAGCACCGUAUGGAGCCUGCCACCCCCUGGAUAUGCAAGAAGCCUCCUCUCUUGAGGAUGAGAAGCAGGCAGAGCAGGAGGGGGAAGGGGAUGAUGGAGCAUCGGCUGCAUCGUUGGCAGAUGCCGUGACGACCACGGCCGGGCGGUGCCUUGAGCUGCUGCAACAGCCACUUACGCCCUUGGCAAUGUCGGAAUUUCAGUUCCAACCACAGCUCUCUAAGGCUCUCAGCUUUUCCCUCCCGGACUCCUUGCCGCUUCCCUUUGGUCCAUCUCCUGCUGAUUCGCCUGCUUUUCUUGGCGGACCUGAUGAUUCGUAGGGUGUAAUUUCUGUGCCGAGUAUUGCUACAACCAUCUUGUGUGGUGACAACGGGUUUUUAUUGUGGUCAUGUGAUAUUAGGAAUAUAGGUGUGUUAUGUCUGUUGUGUGCUAGUCAUGUACUGUGAUGUGACAUUGGCCCAGGCUCAUCUUCUGCCGACUGUGAUAGAGCCGUUUCUUUGUGUCACUAGAGGGAAAUGAGUUGAGGUUGAGCGCCCACAAAAAUCCAUUCGGUUCUUACGAAGCCGUCAGGAACGCAAUUCUCAUCGCAUCCCAUCCUAACGUUUUCUUGCUCAUCGCCCAUUCUCCCCACUGCCUCUAGCUCGGAUCUUCUGUCGUCCCUGCGAACCCAUCCCGGCCCGCCCGUGUGGAAAGGCGGGUGCAGCUCGAACGAAAGGCCAGUGCCGUGGCUUUAGUAAGCAGCGAGAAGCCACAUUCGGCGAGGCUUCUGCCUUCUCUGGUGUCCAGGCCACAUUCUGCGGGUCCGCCAUCCUCCCUCAGCUAUUCGUAAAUCUCUUCUUA